CCACCCCUCCUUUACUAAACCAGCAGCUGGAGAAGGAGCAGCAGCAGCUAGCCGAUCUCCUUCCCUCGUCCACUUUCUUCUCCGCGCAUCGCUGCGCCGCGCGCGCGACCUAGCUAGCAAGCUCGCUCGCUCGCAGGCGGUGGCCGCCCGUGCGGGCGCGCGCGCGAUUGCGGGGACGGAGGAGGUGGAUCGGCCGGCGGAGAUGGGGCGGGGGAAGAUCGAGAUAAAGCGGAUCGAGAACGCCACCAACAGGCAGGUGACCUACUCCAAGCGGCGGUCCGGGAUCAUGAAGAAGGCGCGGGAGCUCACCGUGCUCUGCGACGCCCAGGUCGCCAUCAUCAUGUUCUCCUCCACCGGCAAGUACCACGAGUUCUGCAGCACCGGCACCGACAUCAAGGGGAUCUUUGACCGCUACCAGCAGGCCAUCGGGACCAGCCUGUGGAUCGAGCAGUAUGAGAAUAUGCAGCGCACGCUGAGCCAUCUCAAGGACAUCAACAGGAACCUGCGCACCGAGAUCAGGCAAAGGAUGGGUGAAGAUCUGGACGCGCUCGAGUUCGAGGAGCUGCGGGGCCUUGAGCAAAAUGUCGAUGCCGCUCUCAAGGAGGUUCGCCAGAGGAAGUAUCAUGUGAUCACCACACAGACUGAAACCUACAAGAAGAAGGUGAAGCACUCCCAGGAGGCAUACAAGAAUCUGCAGCAGGAGCUGGGCAUGCGCGAGGACCCGGCGUACGGGUUCGUGGACAACCCGGCGGCGGGCGGGUGGGACGGUGUGGCGGCGGUGGCGAUGGGCGGCGGCUCGGCGGCUGACAUGUACGCCUUCCGCGUGGUGCCCAGCCAGCCCAACCUGCACGGCAUGGCCUACGGCGGCUCCCACGACCUGCGCCACCUGCGCCUCGGAUAAUCGAUCACCUCGAUCGCUCCUGCUAGCUUAUGUAUCAAGUGAUCGAUUAAGUUACCACAAUAAAAGGAAAACAUUGUGCGUUUGUAUUUGUGAUAUGUUGUGGUCUCGUGCACACGAUUUAGUUCAAUGUGUAAUUAACAUCGUAGUGCUCGACUGUGUAUUGUAUGAUCUGCUAUGACUUUGGUUGUGAACUAGCUACUUGCUACUACUAUCAUAUAUAUUUUGGUACCUUGUGAUGACCAUUUCAUA